CUGAGGGGGGCGGUGAGGGGGUUGAUCGUAGAGCUGCUCGGUUUGGAAAACGCCUUAAAGAUCAUCGAGUCCAACCUCAACCUAACCACAGUGCCCUGACUCUACAGCCCUCUGCUCAGUCAUGGAGUGGGGGCAAGUUCGGGGUCUGUGAUGGCGUCUGUCGCGCUCAGCCCUGCUGGGAGCAGCUCGGGGGUCGCUGCUGAGGGGCAGGCAGCGCUCACAGGCUGUGCCAUGGGCAGCAAGGCUGUGUGGGCCAAGCCCCAAAUGGUAAAUAAGAUCAAGAGUACAGAAGGGAGACAAAAUGUCGGGUUUUUUUUCAGUCUGUGGACAGCAGGGAAGGUACGGAUUGUCGCUGUGCCCACGUCUGAAGUCGUGAAACAUCACAGCUCUGCAGCACAGAGCCCAAAGCACAAAACCCCAGAGUCUGAGAAAAACACCGAAUGAUGGGAAGAUGAAGGCAGGAGGAGGGGGGCUGUACUCCAGCCCCACGCUGGGCAGGCAGGAAGGUGGGCUGGUUGGACUGGAUGGCCUGAGUGGGCUUUCCCAACCUCAAUGACCCCGUGUGGGAGGCAGGCAGGCAGGCAGGCAGCAGGGCAAAGGAGGAGGAGCCUGUGGGCAGCCGUCCCGGGCAGCCUGCCCAGCGCAGGCAGAGCAGGUGGAGGCAGCGGGACGCAGCUCUCGCCCGGCCGGGGCAUGGAGGCUUUGGGCCCCCGCUGCCCGCUGCCCACCGCCCAAGGUUGCCCCCGGCCGGGCUGCCGCACCGUGCUGCUGGCGAUGACGCUGUCUCUGCUGAUGUACCCCAUGCUGAGAAGCCUCGCUCUCCAGCUGCACUCUGCCAUCACUGGCAGCUAUGUCUCUGGAACCCACUCCAUCGUCUUCAUCAACUGCCUCAACGAGCAGAUUGCCAAGGAUAUUGCAAGGGGCAUCAUGGACAAGAAGCUGGCUGCCUACGUGAACAUCCUGCCCAAGAGCUCGGCCUUGUAUUUCUGGAAAGGGGAACUGGAAGAAUCCACUGAAAUCCUGCUGUUAGUAAAAACAAGGACGUCCAAAAUAAGUGAAUUGUCCAACUAUGUCAGAUCCAUCCAUCCCUUUGAAAUCCCCGAAGUUAUCAGCCUGCCUAUUGACCAAGGAAACCCCCUCUACCUCAAGUGGAUUGGAGAAAACGUCCCGCGGGACUGAAUGAACAGCCCAGAAACCACCCUUCUCUUGAGGAGACACGAUGAAACAAGUUCUGCUGGGCUUUGUGCACAGAGUGACACAGGAGAGCAGCUCGCAUCCCCAGGGGUGUGCUAUAGCGCAGGAGUUUGAGAUGGGGAAUUUCAUUUGAACUUGAGAUGCCCCCUCCCUGGUCUAGCCCUGCAGCAGCACCAAGCUGGAGGCAGCACUGGAAUGGGAAGGGCACCACAGGGCUGCUGCUGACUGAAGGUGCUCUUAGCACUGCCCUGCAGCACCUGGGGAUGGUGCAGCAUGUGCCACUCACGCACAUGGCACUGGCUGAGCCCCAGCAAGCACCCUGCCUGUCAGCUGGGCUGAGCUGGGCAAAGCAACCCCAUUUGGGGACCCAGGACCAGCAGGGCAUAGCUCUGCUGCUUUCUCCCCAGACCAAGCUGAGCCUUAGAAAAAGAUGCUCACAUUGUGUAAUUGGAUGUAAGCUACAAAAUAAAUCCAUUGUAUGACUGGGAAGGGAAUAAACCAGAGCAUUUCCUACCUGCAGCCUCAUGAGUCAUUGCAGUGCAUGGGUGGGGUGAGCAGGAUAGGAAGGUCCUGUCAGGGCUCUGUUGGUGUCCAUCACAGGCAGUGGGGAUGUGGUGUACCUGGUGUAGGGAACCUGCUUUGGCAGGGGGGAUUGGACUCGAUGAUCUCUGGAGAUCCCUUCCAACCCCUACAAUUUUGUGAUUCUGUGGUGCAGGCACUGAGUUGUGCCCAAGGGCUGGCAUGACCCCAGCAGCAGUCAGAGGUAGAGCAAGGAGGGCUCCCAGGUGCAGGAAACAAAAUAGCAGGGAAAAUGGUAACUGGGCUGUGCCCAUGCACAACUGUUUGCAUUCUUCUGCUCUCCCCGUGCUUGGCAGCAUUUCUCUGCAGGAUGACCCAGGCAUGGGGUGC